CAGAACCCCACUCCGAUCAAAUUCAAAAUUCACCUGGCCCGCGAACAACGAAACAACGGAGAUUGUUAACUUAACUUAAGAUUAACUUAACUAACUUGUUUCCGGCGAGUGUUAAGACAGUGCAUCUGUGUGUGUGCGUGUGUACCUGUAACCUGUGUCAGUGUGUUACCUGCUGCCCCGUUGCUAAAUUAAUUUAUUUUUUUCGAACUUUUUUUUUGUGUGUCGUCGUUGCUGCCGCUGCAAAACUGGUUUCUGGCGCAGCAGCAGCACAAAAAAAAAGAGGCAGAAUCUAGCUGUGAAAAGAAGUUAAGAAGAAAAAAUCAAGAAGAAGAGGCGAACAACAGUUGUAUUUUUGUUCGUCUUUCGGUUUUUCGGCUUUUCGGUUUGGAAAAUCAAGGUAGCAUCAUCUAUAAAAACGUAACGCAUCUAGAAUGCCCUGCUCGGCGGUAACACUGUCGAUAGCGACGAUCUGUGCGAUCAUCGCCACCGCUCUUCUGGCCAUUGCCUUCUCCACGGACAACUGGCUCCACUACGAUGUCUGGCGCAAUCAGAUACAGGCCUUUGCCUCAAAGCACUCAGAUGCCGAGUCGCUGCUGUACAACAUGAACAUGAAGUACUACUACUACACGAGAACACGUGGACUCUUCCGCAUUUGUUAUCCCAAGGAACGGCCGCCGGCCUCAGCAGUGCCCACAUAUCUGUCACCGAUUGAGACACACUGCUCGAACAUUGACUACUUUCCGCAGGCGGAGGAUGAGAAAAUCGCCAAUGAGGAUGCCACAUCGAGACUGCAUUUGGCGCGCUCCUGCAUUGCCCUGUUUAUCAUUAGUUUUGUGACCAUUUUCUGUGCCUUUUGGACCGGUCUGUCCGGCUGCUGGAAGCGCUCUUCGGGCGCCAUAACUGCCACAUCGAUAUUGUUGCUGGUCACGUGCCUUUUGGCUGCCGGGGCCAUGGGUCUCUGGCAUACGGUGGAGUUCUUUGAGAAGGAAAAGGUCGUUGGCGAGGAUUACUUUCAGCAGUGGAAUACGGUUCUUCGGGACAAUACAAAGAUUGCCUACGAUUGGUCGUACAUUGUGGCAUGGGCUGGCAUUGGGACAUGCCUCCUGUCGGCCAUACUGCUGUCGGGUGCCGCCGUAUGUCUGCGCAACGAGCGCGAGAAGGAGGAGCAACUGAAUCUGCAGUACUUGAUGCCUGUGUACUCGCAGAAGCAGCCACCGUAUCCGCCGUAUGCCAAUUAUGCACAGCCACAGAUCUAUCCGGGUCCCUACUACCAUGGCUCGCAAUAUGGACCCUACAACUAUUAGGAGGUGGGAGAAGUCCUAGAGGUAAAGAGAGCAUCAUCAGCUGAAGAAGGAUUCAACGAAACGAACGAAGGAAAGACAGAAAGCAGUACCCCGCCCGCACGUCUUUACCCUGCAAUAUAUAUCACAAAAAAGGAGACCAGGAUAUAUCAGAGAUCAUAUAUAUAUAUAUAUGUAUAGUAGAUAGAUAUAUGUAUGAGAAUUCAGGGUCCAAAUCCCCAGAGAGAAGGAGAAAAUUUCAACAAAAUUACAUUCUGAAAAUAAUCUAUUCAUAUGAAUCUUUUUUUUUUGUAGAGCUAUAGAGCUAUAUAUAUAAAUAGAUAUACAUAUAUAUCGAUUUUGUGGGACUUGAGUCAAAAGGUUGCAUCGAAGUUUUUGGUGCGCAAAACUUUUGUGGCACCUAAAGAAGAAUGUUUAGAGGAAACGAAAGGAAGAAAGAAUGAAUGAAAUAUGCAAAGUAAAAGACACACAACAAACAAUAAAGAGUUAAUUUAUUGUAGCGUGUAACGUACAUGUGUAGCCCUAUAAUAAUAAUAUUAAUAAUACUACUAUAAACAAAUGAAAAAAA